AUGGCUGUUGGAAAGUCUUCCGGCGUUGCUGCCGAGAAGAACGCCUCUCAAAGAAAGGCUAUCAACGGCGACUCGGCCGUCUCGAGCUACGCUCCCUCCCCCGCCGAUUCUCCCCGUCACUCGGCCUCGUCCACUUCGCUUUCGUCUCUUGCCUCGACUGACGCCCCGGCUCCCAAGAAGAAUUACGGCAAGCUCAUCGACACUUACGGAAACGAGUUCGAGGUCCCCGACUUCACCAUCAAGGAGAUCCGCGAUGCCAUUCCCAAGCACUGCUUCGAGCGGUCCAACGUCCGCAGCUUCAGCUAUGUCGCCCGUGACAUUGCUCUUUUGGCCACCACCUUCUACCUCUGGCACAACUUUGUGACCCCCGAGUACGUCCCCAACAAGGCUGCCCGCGUGGUCCUCUGGGGUGUCUACACUUUCCUCCAGGGUCUCUUCGGUACCGGCAUCUGGGUCCUUGCCCACGAGUGCGGCCACGGUGCCUUCUCCGCUUCCAAGACUGUCUGCAACGUGACCGGCUGGUUCCUUCACUCUGCUCUCUUGGUCCCCUACUACAGCUGGCAGCUGAGCCACAGCAAGCACCACAAGGCCACCGGCAACAUGGAGCGCGACAUGGUUUUCCUUCCCCGCACCCGCGAGCAGCAGGCCACCCGCCUCGGCAAGAUGGUCCAUGAGCUUCAUGAGCUCGCCGAGGAGACUCCCAUCGUUACUUUGAUCCACUUGGUUGGCCAGCAGACCAUCGGCUGGUGGAACUACCUCCUCACCAACGUUACCGGACACAACAACCACGAGAGGCACAGAGAGGGCCGUGGGAAGGGCAAGAAGAACGGUUUCGGCGGCGGGGUCAACCAUUUUGAUCCCCGCAGCCCUCUGUAUGAAAACCGUGAUGCCUGGGCUAUCAUCAUGAGCGACAUUGGUAUUGCCUGCACCAUCUCCAUUCUGGUGUACCUCUGCAAGCAGUUCGGCACCGCCAACAUGUUUGUCUGGUACUUCCUCCCCUACAUGUGGGUCAACCAGAUCCUUCAGCCAUGA